AUGCUUUUGAAGCAAUUGAUAAUUUCCAUAUCAUUACUCACAUCAUUUACAUUUGCACUUACUAGUAAUCCAACCAUUUUGGGUUUUGAAAAAGGUGUUAUUUGUGGACCAAUUUCACAGAGAAAAGGUAAAGGUUAUAUUAAAGUUGACGGUAGCAAAUUACCUCAAGAUUUUAAAUUACCCACCCUAAUAUUCCAUUAUACUGAUCUUUUGAAUUUCACCAAUUUACCUAAUGUUGAAAAAUAUUUUGAAGAUUAUGCCAAACAUCAAAUAUCUGAUUCUUUACUUGAUGACGAUAAAAGUAAAUUUAAUUUAAAAGUUGCUUCUGAUUUCCAAAUCGAUGAUGCCAAAUUGUAUAAUGGGUAUAUUGAUACCAAUAAGAAUGUGGAAUAUAUUGUAUAUGACACCGGGAUUUAUUGUGUUUAUAUUGGUAAACUUGAGGAUAAAAAGAUUGAUAUCCCAGUUGUUUUUAAAAACUCUUAUGGUAACUUGACAUAUAUCGAGUACACCAUAUAUUCACAAAUGAGAUACGUUAUAGUAUUAGCCAUAAUUUUAUUCAUAUAUCUUUUGAAUUAUAUCUUGAAGUUUAAAGUGGGUAAAGAUUUUAAAGAUUUGGAUUCCGUUUCCGUUAUUUCAAAAGCGGUUAUUUUUUUAGUUUUAUUCCCAUUUAUUCUUGUCAAUUCUUAUAUGUGGAUUGGGUCAUUUUUGGAAAACAACUUCUUUGACACCAGUAAAGAUUCAAUGUUGAUGAAUUUAGCUAAACAAGGAGCACAGUUUUUGUCAAUUGCUUUCAAUACUUAUACUAUUUGUAUUUUAUUAUUAUUCUCCAUGGGAUACGGGGUUAUAUAUUAUCAUAAUGGAAAUUCACAUCGAUACAGAUUAUUCCCUCAUCAAACUUUUGUCAGAAUAGUUGGAUUUUUCGUUACAAACUUGGUAGUUAUCUACAUUUAUUUGUUGUUACUCAAUGGAUCAAAAUCAGAUACACCAUUUUUAACUGGAUUUGAUCAACUUGAACCACCAUCUUCAGGAAGUGCAGUAUUAAAUCUUUUUGCUGGAUUAACAGGUUUAUUUUCCAUCACUUGGUUUAUUUUGAUUGUUUACUUUUAUUUUAAAACUAAAAAGACAAUUUCUCAUUUUCCUCCAAAUCCAAAUGACGAAGAUUCCACUCAAAGAGUAGUUUUAGCAUUCAAAAGAUCGAUUUUGAUAAUUUUGAUAUUGCCAAUUAUCGUGAUGUUUAUCGCUGGACUCAUUACAGCUUCAAGAGUUGUUAGAGGCAUAGCAGAUUCCUUACCAGACUACCCAUCGGGUGAUACUGUGAACUUUGAUUCCGUUAUACGUAUGCUAGCAUUAGAAAAAAGUAUGGAAGUUGCAGUGCUGCCAUUAUUGAUAUCUAAUUGGAUUUAUUUCUUUUCUGCAGUUAUUGGGCUCUUUUUCAUUUGGAUAAAAGACAACAAUGGAUUAAUCAUUGAUCGAAAUGUCGAUGAUCCAAUUGAAAAUGCCGAUGUUUCACAAUUUAACAUUAGUGAUGAAGAGUAG